CAUUUGUGGUCGUCUGCUUUGUUUCCGUGUUCUGAAAAAAAUACAUCAUCGUGAGAAAAGCAUCUGUACGUGGACGAAGUGGACUAGAAUAGGGACCGUUUCAAACGCAGUUACUUGUAUACUUUAAACUACCAACUAGUUUUCAUCACGGUCAUGUCUGCAGCUACCAUACAAAAACUUGUCCAGCGUGCAAAGCAAGCGGACGAUAUUAUUGCCCAGUUAAAAGCGCACAUCGAGCAAGUGAAGAAAGCAGCUGCUUUAAGUGUGAGUAAACCAGAAGAAACACGUGUAAGUGCUGAAAAUGAGACCCUGAGAGCUAAGAUCGAAAGGCUAAAACUCACUCUUGUGUUAACAGAAAUCAAGAAUGGAGUCAAGCAGAUACAACUUCCUGUGAAGAGACCGAAGAUGGAGGCAGUUAAGACUGAAACACCAGGGGCACCAACCUCUAAUGUCCAGGUGAAGACUGAAAAUGUAACCAAGGAAACUAAACCAAAACAAGAAAAACAGGCCAAGGCUGCUACAACCGAGGACAAAUCUCCUGAUGAUGGAAAGCCCAAAGGUGGCAAGGGAGCCCCGACAGGGGACGGAGAUGCAGACCGGCCUAUUGACAUCUCGAGACUCGACCUGCGGGUGGGGAAGAUUGUUGAUGUCAAGAAACAUCCUGACGCGGACAGCCUGUACGUGGAGGAAGUAGAUCUGGGGGAGGGGCAGACCCGCACCAUUGUGUCUGGCCUCGUAAAGCAUGUUACACUGGAGGAGAUGCAAGGCCGUCUGGCUGUGUUCAUGUGCAACCUGAAGGCAGCCAAGAUGAGGGGGGUGAUGUCCAACGGCAUGAUUAUGUGUGCCAGCUCACCGGAGAAAGUGGAGAUCCUUGUACCACCCCCUGGGGCACAGAUAGGGGACAGGGUCAACACCAAGGAGUAUCCAGGUGAGCCAGAUGCCUUGUUGAACCCAAAGAAGAAGAUCUGGGAGACAAUCAAGCCUGACUUGAAGACGGACGCUAACAAGGUGGCCGCCUACAAGGGGGCACAACUCCGUAUCGAGGGCAAGGGACCCCUUGUGGCCCCUACCAAGGCUAACACACAAAUAUCAUAACCCUUGUGCAGUGUUGAAAACAGUAUGCAAUGCAUGUAUAGUGAACUUCUACUCAAACCUGUUGGAAGACUUAUGACAACAUGUUGAUUACAAUUAUUGGAAUGUUAGUUUGUGAUGAUGCUGACAAUGGAAUUAUUAAGGAAACAAAAAGUUAUUAUGAUAACAUAUGUGCUCAACUCUAUUGCAAGUGUGUAGUUUCAUAACAUAGAAAAUUCUUAUGGAAACAAGCUAUCUUGUGCA